CCGGAAGAUGAUCUGAUUCAUUCGACGAGCAAAUUUUCAUAUCAUGGCGGAAAUGGACGCUGCAGGAGCUCCGGCUACUGACACUCCUUCUUGGUUCACUCCCAAGAGGCUUCUUGCUAUAUUCUGUGUAAUCAACUUGUUAAAUUACAUAGAUCGAGGAGCAAUAGCUAGCAAUGGUGUGAAUGGAAGUCAAGGAACUUGCACAGCAAGUGGUACUUGCACAUCUGGUACCGGGAUACAAGGUGAGUUUAGCUUGAGCAAUUUUGAGGAUGGGGUUCUUUCUUCAAGUUUCAUGGUUGGACUUCUAGUUUCUUGUCCAAUAUUUGCAACACUAGCAGAACGAAUCAACCCAUUCAGGCUCAUUGGGGUUGGAUUAUCAGUUUGGACUUUUGCUGUUAUUGGCUGUGCUGCUUCAUUUAAUUUCUGGUCCAUUUCAAUAUGCCGCAUGUUGGUUGGUGUUGGUGAAGCAUCAUUUGUAAGUCUUGCUGCACCGUUCAUUGAUGAUAAUGCACCUGCUUCUCAGAAAUCAGCUUGGCUUGGAAUAUUUUACAUGUGUAUACCUAGUGGGUAUGCAAUUGGCUAUAUCUUUGGUGGAUUGGUUGGAGGUAAUUAUAAUUGGCGUAUUGCAUUUGUUGGAGAGGCCAUUUUGAUGCUUCCCUUUGUCAUUCUGGGAUUUGUUAUAAAGCCUUUGCAACUGAAAGGAUUUUCUCCUUCUGGAUCAUAUGGAAAGCUGAGAUCUGCGGAUUUGGUUGCCUCGGAAGUUCAAGAGACGGAAGCUUCAAAUGGCAACGGUGGUGCAUUCUCCAUUGCUGAAGAUAGCUCAGUGAAAUCUUCCAGCUUUGCUACUAAUGGGAGGAAUCAGCUCUCAAAAUUUGGGAAAGAAAUGAAAGAACUCUUGGUCAAUAAGGUUUAUGUUAUUAACGUUUUAGGUUAUAUGGCAUACAAUUUUGUCUUAGGCGCGUAUUCAUACUGGGGACCUAAAGCUGGUUACAGUAUCUAUCAUCUGAGCAAUGCUGACUUGGUGUUUGGAGGAAUAACGGUGGUAUCUGGAAUAUUGGGCACACUAGGAGGAGGCUAUGUUCUGGACUUUAUGAGUAACACCAUUUCAAAUGGUUUCAAGCUUCUCUCUGUAACAACCUUUGUCGGGGCAAUACUUUGCUUCAGUGCCUUCUGUUUUGAGAGUGUUUACAUUUACCUAGCCCUAUUUUCAAUUGGUGAACUAUUCGUUUUUGCUAUUCAGGGUCCUGUAAAUUAUAUUAAUCUGGAGGCCGUUAAACCAAGUCUAAGGCCACUAUCUAUGGCCAUGUCUACUGUUGCAAUCCACAUCUUUGGAGACGUGCCAUCCUCGCCUCUUGUCGGAGUUCUUCAGGACCAUGUUAACAACUGGAGGGUGACUUCUCUUAUUCUUACAGCUAUCUUGUUUCCAGCAGCUCUAAUAUGGUUUGCAGGUGUAUUUCUACCCAGUGUAAAGUCAUUGGAUGACAACGAUCAUCACGAAGAUUCUACAAUGAAUCAGUCAAGCACGACACCGUUGCUCGAAGAAAAGUUGAUUAAUAUCGCUGAAUCUUCUUCCCAACCAUAAAUUUGGUUUCUCUAACUCCAUGCUCGUGGACUGCUGGGGUUUGCAUAGUUUUUUCACAGCUGUUCUUUUGUAAGUAUGUUCUUUUAACACGGUUAGGACGUAUGUGUAUUUAAAAAAACUAGACUACGUAUAAUUGGCUAGCAAAAAAACUAGGGCCGAUUGAUAAAUGUAGCUCACCCUAUAUUUAAAGAACAGGACUAGGUACGGUUGGUUAACUCAAAUUCAUUGGUGUAUAAGAUAUUUGUUUGUUUGUUUAGAAGAAUUUAACUGCAAUCUUAGUUUGAAACA